AUGGGCCUCUUGGACCACGUCAACUCGGCCGUCUCUGGCGCAAAGAGCCAUGUCAAGCCGAGCAAGGAGGACCGCCCUCCGGAGGGUGCGGCCGCCGACGACACCGAAGAGCUCGAUGAGGAGUCUGGAAACAUCCUCAUGAGCCUCAUCGGGCAGCUGCGGAUAGGCAUGGACCUCUCCAAGGUCACCCUGCCCACCUUUGUCCUCGAGCCUAGGAGCAUGCUCGAGCGGAUCACGGACUUUAUGAGCCACCCCGACCUGAUCUUUGGCGCCGGCCAGAACGACGACGUAGAGAGGCGGUUCCUACAGGUGACGCAGUACUACCUUUCCGGCUGGCACAUUAAGCCAAAGGGCGUCAAGAAGCCGUACAACCCGGUGCUCGGCGAGUUCUUCCGCUGCUCGUACAACUACCCGAACGGCACCAAGGGCCACUUUAUCGCCGAGCAGGUGUCUCACCACCCGCCCAUCAGCGCCUACUACUACAUCUCUCCCGAGAACAAUCUGCUCAUCUACGGCGAGCUCAAGCCGAAGUCGAAAUUCCUUGGCAACUCGGCGGCGACCCUCAUCGGCGGCGAGAACCGUGUCGUGCUGCUUGACCGGCUAGAGGACGGCGAGUACCAGAUUGGGAUGUGCAACCAGUACGCGCGCGGCAUCCUGUUUGGCAAGAUGGUCCUCGAGCUCGGAGACACGAGCCGCGUCCACAACGUGGCCAACGACAUUGCGUGCGACGUCGAGUUCAAGACCAAGGGCUACUUUACGGGGACCUACAACGCCAUCGCGGGCAAGGUCACGCACAAGGGCAAGACGAUUGGCGAGAUCACAGGCAAGUGGAACGAGGCCAUGGAGUUCAAGAACAGUCAGACUGGUCAGACCGAGGAGCUCUUCGAUGCAAAGAAGGCCAACAUUGUGCAGAAGGAGGUGAUCCCCGAGUCGGAGCAGGAAGAGUUUGAGUCCAGACGGCUCUGGUCAAAGGUCACCGAGGGCAUCAAGGAAAAGAACCUCGACAAGGCGACCGAGAGCAAGACGGCCAUCGAGGAGCACCAGCGCCAGCUCGUCCGCGAGCGCGAGGAAAAGGGCGAGACGUGGACGCCCCGCUUCUUUGUCCAGAAGGGCGAGAAGUUCUUCCCCAACAUGGACGCCGUGGCUGAAGAGUACCGGCCUCAAGCGGCGGUCGACUACUUUGCCAAGCACCAGGGCUAG